AUGCGCGGCCAGGAAGGGAGCCGGGUUGCCCUCGGGGUCUGCCCGUGUCCGCCGCUGGAGGGAGGCCCUGCAGCUCCGAGCUCGUCCCCGCCACAGUCCGCGGGGAGAGCCCGGCCAUGGCCACGCCGAGCUGGGCUGCUGCAGCCCCACCACCCGUCCCUCAGGGGACAGUGGGGAAACGGAGGCCAGGAGCGGCAGGGACUGGCUGGGCCCUUGAGCUGGGCAGAGGCCCCAGGACAAGAAAUAGAGGCUCCUCCCAUUUGCAUCGCGGCGUCUGUGUUUCCAUUCACUGGCUUAUUCAUCCACUCAUUCACUCAUGGCCUCACUCACUCACUCAUUCAUCCAGUCAUUCAUUCAUUCAGGCCUUCGCUCAUUCAUCAUCCGUUCAUUCGUUCAGCUCCUGCUAGGGCUGUGGAGCCAGCUGAAGACAGGGCCCAGGAGCUGGGAGAGCCAUCCCCUGCUCCAGCUCCCGCCAUGGCUGUGGAGCCAGCUGAACAUGUGGCCCCGGAACAGGGAGAGCCAUGCCCUGCUCCGGCUCCUGCCAGGGCCCAGGAGCAAGCUGAAGUCGCGGCCAGGGAAGAGGGAAAGCCAUCCACUGCUCCAGAUUCUGCCUGUGCCUGGAAGACUGCUGAAGCCCCAGCCACGGUCCAGAGAGAACCAUCCACUUCUCUGCCUCCUGCUGGGGCUGGCGAGGCAGCUGAAACCACAGCUGCAGAUCAUGGAUAGCCAUCCCCUUGUCCAGAUCCUCCUGGACACCUGGAGCCUGCUCAGGCGCUAGCCCUGUCCUCGGGAGAGCUCACUCUCCAACCCCCGUCAUCCCCAGCUCCUGACCCAUCCCUUCCACCUUCUUCCUCACCACAACCUCCCUUCGUCUCCCCCCUUAACCUGUAUGU